AUGAUGAUGAUGAAGACGGGCAUGCGGUCGAUGGCGACCAAGACGAUCCCGGAGAUCACGCGCGUGGGCAUGGUGGGCCUCGGCCUCAUGGGCCAUGGCAUCGCGCAGACCGCGGCCAUGGCCGGCUACGACGUCGUUGCGCUCGACGUGACGCAAAAGUCGCUCGACGCUGGCCUUGCGCGCAUCGAGGGCUCGCUCGAGAAGAUCGGCGCCCGCCACGUCAAGAAGGGCGAGUGGACUGCGGACCAGGCCAAGGACGAGUUUGCCGCUGUCAUGGGCCGUAUCCACGGCUCGGUCGUCAAGAAGGACCUCGCCGAGUGCGACCUCGUCAUCGAGGCGAUCAUCGAAGACGUCGAGAUCAAGAAGACCUUUUACAAGGAGCUCGGCGGCAUCGUCAAGCCCUCGGGUAUCUUGGCCUCCAACACGUCGUCGCUCUCGAUCGGCGACUUUGCCGGCUCGUCGGGCCGCCCGUCGCAAGUCGUCGGCCUCCACUUCUUCAACCCUGUCCAGGUCAUGAAGCUCGUCGAAGUCGUCCAGACCAAGGAGACAGACCCGGCCGUCUUUGACGUCUCGAAGCGCUGGGCGGCCUCGCUCGGCAAGACGCCCGUGAGCUGCAAGGACACGCCCGGCUUCAUCGUCAACCGCUUGCUCGUGCCCAACCUCGCGCAGGCGCUCUUCCUCCUCGAACGCGGUGACGCGUCGAUGGAAGACAUUGAUGUCUCGAUGCAGCUCGGCGCCGGCCACCCCAUGGGUCCCAUCACGCUCGCGGACUACGUCGGCCUCGACACGAUCCUCUUUAUCCUCGAGGGCUGGACCACCAAGUACCCGAACGAGCCUGUCUUUGAGGUCCCGUCGCUCCUCCGCCAAAAGGUCAAGGAAGGCAAGCUCGGCCGCAAGACGGGCGAAGGCUUUUACAAGUGGAACGGCGACAAGCGCGCGUAA